GCGCCUUAUAUACCUUCUCAUUCCUUUACACACACCAUGGGCACGUCCUUCAUAUCCAACGGCGAGCUAGAUCGGUGCCUCGAGCGCUUGUACCGCAAGGAGUUGCUCCCGGAAGUGACAGUGCAGGCACUCUGCGCAAAGCUUAAGGAGCUCUUGAUCCGUGAGAGUAACGUGGUGUAUAUUCUGACGCCGGUGACGGUGGUGGGCGACAUUCACGGACAGUUCUAUGACUUAAUCGAAAUCUUCCGCAUCGGCGGCUACGCGCCUGACACAAACUACCUCUUCCUAGGGGACUAUGUGGACCGAGGAAUGUUCUCGGUCGAGACGAUCACACUCCUCAUUUGCCUCAAGAUCCGCUACCCCGAGCGGAUCAACCUCGUUCGCGGCAACCACGAGUCGCGUCAGGUCACGCAAAACUACGGCUUCUACUCCGAGUGUUUGAAGAAGUACGGCUCCACCAAGACCUGGUCCUAUUUCACGGAUGUGUUUGAUUAUCUUACACUCUCAGUCGUUAUCGAUGAUGCCAUUUUUUGCGUGCACGGAGGCCUCUCGCCGAACGUGCACACCAUCGACCAGAUCAAGGUCAUCGAUCGCUUCAAGGAGAUCCCACACGAGGGUAUCAUGGCAGAUUUGGUAUGGUCGGACCCCGAUGAUGAGCGGCCCGACUUCAGCCUCAGCCCUCGCGGUGCUGGGUACACCUUCGGCGUAGAUGUGGUGAAGAAGUUCUUAGCAAUAAAUGGCUGCGACAGGAUUCUCCGUGCGCAUCAGUUGUGUAACGAGGGCUUCCAGAACUACUUCAAGGGUCUCGUCACGACUGUUUGGUCUGCCCCCAACUACUGCUACCGCUGUGGUAACAAAGCCUCCGUGCUCGAGUUGUACGACCGGUACAACCAGCAUUUUAACGUAUUCGAUGCGGCGCCGGAGAACGAGCAAGAGCUUGCCAAGAUGCUCGAUGAUACUGGCGAGUACACCCGGUCCGCCCCUGUCGAAUAUUUUUUGUAA